AUGGCUGCUACAUUUUCUUACGCUCAAGCAGCCAAGGGUGUCAUUGCGACGCCAUCGGCGGCAAACCCGGCCUCUACAGAGCCGAAUAAGCCAGCUCUCAAGGCAGAUGAGCAGAGCACAAACUCGAGUGUGCAGAUGGAGCUAGAGACCACGGCUCCCACGGCAGAGACAUCUCAAGAAACAGAGAAGGCCGCUGCCAGUACCGACAAGGACUCGGAGAGCACAGCAACCGCUCCUUCUAAGACCAAUGUUUCCGGGACGUCCUCGCCUAGCGUGGGUCCUUCUUCCACGUCCACAGCACCAAAGGAAGAAGAGGGGUCGAAUACACCCAAUGGCACUUCCGAGUCCAACUGGGAUAAGCAGUCCCAAGCUUCAGGAACAGAUAAGCAGGGCAACGCCCAGGAGGCCAAGGAUAAAUCUAAUGCUUCCGACAAGGACAAGAAAGUCCCUCUGAAGGAGCUGAAAGCAGCACCCUUACCUGCAGUUAACGUUUGGCAGCAACGAAAGGAAGCUCAGGAAGCUAAGGCUAAAGCCACUGCGGCACUCAAGUCCGCUCCAUCUGCUAAAUCCAGUACAUCGAAAACCGCAUCUGUCGCCUCCUCGACAUCAGUCGAUAACCAUCAGGAGCUGCCGAAAACCGCCCCUAAGAAGAAGGGAACGGACGCUGCAUCCGAUGGUCCCAAGGACAAAAAGAGGGCCGACGGAGGCAAGGGACGGGAUGAGAAUGUUUCCAUCCCACCUGUGGGCGAUGCCUCUUCGUGGCCUACACCUCAAGUCGCACAAGGGGAAGAGAAGAGAAAGGCUCAGGAGAAGACUGAGAAGAGCCCUGUCAUUCGGCCGCACGGCAAGGAGAAAUGGAUGCCCGUUCCUUAUGUACCAACCGCUGUCUUCAACACGCCUUUGCCAUCCUCUGCGCGCAGGGGUGGAAGAGCUGGGCGAGUAGGAAGGGAUGGAGCUCGCAAUGCCACUCAUGGUACGCCUGGUGCUGAUAAGGCAGCCUCGGGACAGACAGCCCAAGGUUCUACUGCUAAACAGAAUGGCGUUGGAGACAGGGGAAGGAAUGAGCUCAACUCCGCUCGCGCAAACUCUCUACCCGCCCCUUCCAAGCGCUCUAACAGCGUUGACGCUGGACUGGCGGAUUCCCGCAAAGGCACCCAAGCUGCUGACCGAAACCGUGCACCUAAGGGAACUGAAAAUGUGAAUGGAUUGCCGGCUGGAAGACAAGGUGGUGGGAAUGAGAAUCUCCCACAACGACACCGUGGCGAUGCCAAGCCUUUCGCGAGAAAUCACGAUGCAGCCCACAAGGGCGGUGAUGGCACCUCAAAGAGCUCACAUCCCUCAACCGACGCGCACACUGGCCCUCGCGCUAGCUCCACUCACGACCGCCGCUUCGAGAAUGGGCCGAAGUCAGCGGACCUCGCAGGUUUCCCCGGAGAUCGCAAAGACAAGGACUUCUCUCGCGAAUCCCGUGCUGACAGAGGCCGGGGCUCUCACCGCGGACGUGGAGGACAUUCUGGCUUCACCGGCUCGCAAAACUCGCAGUUCCCUAACAAUCAUAUGGCGCACCACUCUUUCGUCCAUCCCAAGUCCUUCGGAUUUAAUGAGCGUCAGCGAUCUCAUCAUGGCCUUCCCAACGGCGCUCAACAAGGACAUAGAAUGUCUCUGAGGUCGCCUUCUCUACCGAACUCUGCUUCUAUGUAUGGCGUUUAUCCGUUCCCCGCCGAUAUCAACACUAUGUACGGUUAUCAACCGAUACCGGCUGGCCCAAUGACUGCGGUCCCUUAUCAACCGUACAUGGAACCGUUCUCUCUCAUGAGCAUGAUCUCGAUGCAAUUGGAAUAUUACUUUUCUGUCGACAAUCUUUGCAAAGAUCUAUUCCUCCGCAAGCAAAUGGACUCUCAGGGCUUUGUGCCACUGUCCGUCAUUGCUAGUUUCAAACGCGUCAAGACUCUCACCGAAGAUUUCGAAAUGCUGCGCCAUGCCUGCCGCCAAGUGAGAAACGUUGAGUAUCAGACCGGCGAGGAUGGCAUUGACCGGUUGCGACCAAGAGAAAAAUGGGAGCAAUGGGUUCUUCCCGUCGAGCAGCGCGAUCCUUCCGCUCAGAAUGAGGGCCCAUCCCUGUCAGCCGAUGCCGGAAAGUUUGAUGAGCAGAACCACGUCCACGAAACAACAAAUGGUCUGCCGAACGGUAGCACCGAGUCCCAGGUCUUGAAGACCUCAUUAUCUUCUACCGCGCCGGAAUUCUCGCCAUCGAAUCCAGUGAUUACCCAGACUGAAAUCGCAAAUGUAAGGGUCUCCAUUUAA